AAAAAAAUUCAGAAAUUUUCCGCUUUCGUCGUGUCUCACUCACUGCAUCAGAAUCCGGAUCAAGACGUGCUCAUUGUUGUUAGACUCGGUUAUUGUGUGUGUCCGUUUAAUUAAGUAAUAGUGAAAGACAAAGACGUGCUCUCAUAUGUUGUUGAUACACCCAUGUGUCGUGGCUAGCGGCAAAAAAUAAUAAUCUUGUCUGCAACUUGAUUUAAAAUUAUUUAAAAUACUAAUUAGUGUGAUCUCAUAGUUCUCAUGAAUGAAUGAAUGAAAUGUUUGUUUUUUCUAUGAGGAAACAUCGGUUGCUGUCACCAGUUAAGACAAGACUAAUCAUGUCCAUAAGGUGUUCGACAAUUUUUUAGUCGAUCAUGUGAUUUGAAUAGGGGUUGCUCUUUUGAGAAUCUUUGAGAAGUUCCACGUCACUGUUGAGAAGUUCAACGUCAUUGUUGUUAAGUCUCUGCAAAGAACUUUUCCAAUUGUGAUUUUUUUUUUUGGAUUAGAAGGCGAUGAAAAGAUUCGAGAAGCCAAGGAAUUCGACUAGUUUGCAGCCAAGAACCACGACCAAUUCAGCAAAGAAAGAUCAGAAGCCGCGUAGUAGUAGUAAAGGGAAUGGCUUGAAACCGUUGAAUGCGGCUCAGCUAGUUUCCAGAGUUUUGGAUGCCACGACAGCUUCUGAGCCUUCUUCCAUCGUUGUAAAUGAUUCAACUACUGGGUCAGAGUCUUCUGAAGUCUAUGACAAUGUGAUGGUGCAUUACGUGGAUGAUGCUCAAGGGAAAUCAAGAAAUGAUGGGAACCUGGUGGAUUGUGGAGAAGAAGGAAACCGUGAUGAAUCAGACACUGAAACAAACAGUGAGUCUGUGUCUUCGUCUCAAGGUGAUCUGUUUUCCCUUGAAGAGAAGAAAUCAGAUAGGACAUCAAUGGUUUCCAAGAGCAAAAGCUCCCAGGAUAGACCAUUAACAACAAAGGGACGAAACAAUGUUGAUUCGGUUAGAUCUCGAUCCCAUACCUUCCACGGCACUGCUAGAAAGACCGUAAGAUCCAGUAAAAGCCAGGCAAAAGCUUUUUCUGAUUUAUCUUCUUAUAAAACCUCUGAAAACAAGAUUUUUUCCUCUGCUUCAUCUGCUUCAGCAGUUGACUCCACACCUUUUGAGGAUGCAAAAGAAGAUGACGAGUUUGAAGAUGCUUUGAAUGUCGUUGUUAACAGUGAAAGUGACAAUGAAACACUUGUGUACAAGGAAAACAAAAGGACUGAAGUGGAGAAAGUUUUUACUCAAAAGAUUGGGAACCUGGAAACUCGAAUCGUGGUACUUGAAGAAGAACUGAGAGAAGUGGCUGCUCUUGAGAUGUCAAUAUACUCUGUUUUUCCAGAACAUGAGAGCUCAUCACACAAGCUGCACAGACCUGCAGGAGACCUUUUUAGACUCUACACACUUGCUAGAAAAAAUAAGAGUGAGAACAAGUUAAUCUCUGUGACCAAAAACAUUGUGUCUGGUCUGUCAUUGGUGCUGAAAUCAUGUGGAAGCGAUGUACCAAGGUUAACGUACUGGUUAUCCAACACUGUCAUGUUGCGAGAGAUCAUUUCACAGAAAUUUGUUGGCACAUAUCGAAAUGGAUCAAAUUCUCUUGAAGAAGAUUGGACCGAUGUAAGAACUCUGAUAGCGGCAUUAAGAAGAGUUGAAUCAUGUUUAUUCACUCAAGUAGUUGAAUCUAUAUGGUCACAGGUAAUAAUGGUUCACAUGAGACCUCAAGGGGUAGAAUCGACGAUGGGUGACAUGAUGGGGAAUUUUUCAGAACCAGCAACAUGUGACAAGUUACAAGAGAGCUUUUCUGUCAACCUUUGGAAAAACGCUUUUGAGGAGGCGCUUCAACGGCUCUGUCCUGUUCAAGCAGCAAAGCGUAAAUGUGGCUGCUUGCAUGUAUUGACCAGAAUGGUUAUGGAGCAAUGCAUUGUAAGACUUGAUGUGGCUAUGUUUAAUGCUAUUCUCCGUGAGUGGGCUCAUCAGACAUCGUCUGAUCCCGUCUCUGAUCCCAUUGCUGACCCAAGAGUUCUGCCAAUUCCAGCAGGGGUUUUGAGCUUUGAAUCUGGUGUAAAACUGAAAAACACGGUUGGCUACUGGUCGAGAUUGCUUACAGACAUAUUUGGCGAUGUUGAUCAUUCUCUGGAAAAGGAGAAACAAAUGCAAAAAGGGGAUGAGACAUUUAAACCUUUCCACUUGCUCAAUGAACUGAGCGAUCUCCUUAUGCUACCAAAAGAAAUGCUUGUAGAAAGUUCCACCAGGGAUGAGGUCUGCCCAUCUAUUGGCCUGAGUUUAAUAAAAAGGAUUUUAUGCAAUUUCACCCCCGAUGAAUUCUGCCCAUACCCUGUUCCAGGAAUUGUUCUUGAGGAACUCAACACUCAGUGCAUACUUGAGAGUAGAAGCUCUUCUGGAGACGCAACUAGAGGUUUUCCUCGGCAAGUCCAUCCAGUUUCAUAUUGUCUUCCUUCUUAUAGCCACUUGACUGACAUUGUUGCAGAGUUUGAUGAAAAGCUUAAGCUUUCUACGACUCUAAACAAAGAAUACAGCAGCAACAAAGAGGUAGAGAUAUCAAGAUCUCUUCCAUACUACAGCAAAGGGGCUGAAGAAAAGGAAAACCUCAGUUUUUCUCAGACUAACGAAAGAUACAGACUCCUUGGAAAACCCUAAACCUGGUUUGUUUGACCGAAAAGCGCCUGUGGAAAUUCCAAGCUCAUCGAGAAGUACACUCAAAACCCAAUUCUUAUUGUCCUUGAACAUCAAAUGACCAAUGUACAUCAAUACAUACUCUAAUUUUACAAAAACAAAAAUCAUAUCAUCUUGCACUUGGACCAUUUCAAUACAAGCUUGAUUUUAAAGUUAAAA